CCAACCAGUCCUUCCUGUCAUCCUGUGCCCUUAUCUGGCAUGGGCCCUUUUCCACCCAGAUAGACAGGGCCUACCCGGUGGGCAGGCAUCUACCACCUGCUCCCUGUCUCAGCUUCUCCUGGGUCUCACACGCAGACUGGGACCUUGGCGAUGUAGAAGCCGCGAGCGUCCAUGGCGGGCUUGGAGGUUCUCUUCGCGUCGGCCGCGCCGGCCAUCAGCUGCCCACAGGACGCGCUCGUCUGCUUCCUGCACUGGGAAGUGGUGACAAACGGCUACUAUGGCUUGGGCACCGGCGACCAGCCAGGUCCCAGUGAUAAGAAGUCAGAACUACUGCCAGCUACGUGGAACAGCAAUAAAGAACUUUAUGUCCUCCGGUAUGAGUCGAAGGAUGGGGCCAAAAAACUCCUUCUGAAAGCUGUCUCUGUGGAUAACGUCAUGAUCAUCAAUGUGCUGGAACAUGGCACACAGCAGGUGGCAGACUUGACUCUGAACUUAGAUGAUUAUAUUGAUGCAGAAGACCUGAGUGAUUUCCACAGGACCUACAAGAAUAGUGAGGAGCUUCGGUCUCGGAUCCGAUCUGGAAUUCUCACACCUAUCCAUGAGCAGUGGGAGAAGGCUCGUGCAAGCAGUCCCCACCGAGAGUUGCCACCUGCCACUGCCAGAGAGGUGGACCCACUCCGGAUUCCUUCACACUACCCUCACACGACCCGGCAGCCUCCUUGGCGUGAUCCCCUGAGCCCAUUUGCUGUCGGGGGAGAAGACCUAGACCCCUUUGGGUGUCAGAGAGGUGGCAUGAUUGUGGAUCCCCUGAGAUCUGGCUUCCCAAGAGCACUUAUUGACCCAUCCUCAGGCCUCCCAAACCGGCUUCCCCCUGGUGCUGUGCCCCCAGGAGCUCGCUUUGACCCCUUUGGACCCAUUGGGACCAGCCCAUCUGGACCUAACCCAGACCAUCUCCCCCCACCGGGCUACGAUGACAUGUACCUGUGAAGGCCUCAAGAAUGUGACAUCUCAGCCUCCCUUCCGCUCUCCUGGAGCUGCCACCACUACCCCCGUCAGUGCCUGUGCUCUCGUGGACUCAGGGCAGAGCGCUCUGCCCAUGUGUUUUCAGGCCCGCUGGGGUUGCAUCCCCAGCCCUUGUCAGAGCCAAGGCGCCUGCUGCAGUACUCCAUCCAGCUGCAUAUAGGUCCCAAGGAGAAAUCAGUGUGUCUCUAUCAUCACCAGCUCCUCCCCACUUCCAAGGGAGACUCCGGCAACAUAAACCCUCACCCGAUGCAGUCCCGGUCACAGCGCUAUAAGAACAGAACGCAUUUUGGAUGUUAUUAUAAGAACCAAAUGUCAAUACAGAAUUCAUGUUGCCGGUCU